AAAUUCAAAAGGUCCAUCAUGAACGGCGGAUCAAUUUGAUCGCGAUCUCAUUAAAUUUGUUUAAACGUACUUACAGAUGGCGUGUGUCUGCUUGAACAGAGCCCAUAUCACAUCCUGUCAUUGCUAGGGGGCAGAAAAAUACAGCCUGAAGAAAGCCAAUGUCGUAUAGUAUGGCAAAAUGAUUAUAGGACCGAGAGUCAAGUCCGCGGAGUUCCUGGAGAGGGAACGCCGACAUUUCCCAGACAUCCACAAUAACUGCAGUCUGCCAGCUUACAGGGCCCAGGGGCGGAAGUACAUCCCUCACGGUUAUGGAUUUUAUGAUGAGUGGACACCACACAACCAGUUCAUCAAAGUGCAGUACACCGAAAAUGGUCCAGACUGGAAAUCCAAGUUAAAGUACAUCCCCGAUCCAGAAAAUCCCAAAUACCCUGCAGCGGAAAUUUUCGAGAAUAACUGGAAAGCAAUGAGACCGUAUCCUCACACCUACUUAAGGACAAGAAAAGAGUGGCUGCUGGACCCGGGGCUGACCAAGGUGGGACUGCGGUGUAACUUUGGCGGUGUCCACAAGGCCACCAACACUAGCAGUGAUGAGAUCACCCACAGGAUGUUGUUUGGUCAGGGACGCAAUGAUGGCGAGAUUGUGGACUCUAGGAGAGGUUAUGAUGAAGUGUUUAAAACAAAACUCGACUACAAAAUACCAGAGACGAUCAUUGACAAGAGGAACGGAAUCCCGUACGCUUCUGAGGGCGACAAGUCUUACCAAGCCGUGGAAUACUCCCCAAGCUUCCACAAGGGAGGAUCACAUCUCCCCCCGCCGCAGUUCGGUGUGGUUCGAAAUGCUAACUACCCUAAAGUAUCUACGGACACCUGCGUCCCUCUUCUUCCGAUUCCUAAGAAACCAAGGGAUACGUUCCGGGAGAUGGACAAGCGUAGACAGAUGUCGGAGGAGAUUGACUCCGUGCGGGGAUUAGAAUCCUGGGAACCCGCUAAGCCAAUUCACCAAGCUCUAAUCCCGGAAGAUCCCCCGGCCAAGAAAUAAACAACUGUCAGCUGAUACCGGGGGCCGGACGCUUCCCGUCAAAUUUGCCUUCAUCAGCGAUUUUUGUUGUCCGCCUAAUAAGUUUCUUCCAUUUUAGACAUGCUAAUAGCAAUGCAUUAUGUUUUAUCAGAAGUUUCUUCUUUGUCACUACUUUGAUUCAAAUCUUGAUGUGAAAUAACGUCGAAAAACUGAAACUCUGUUCUUAUUUUCAUGUACAUUUAUAAUCUUAGAAUUUUGUGAUGUCACUAUUGAGUGAAAUUGGACUACAUUUUUGUAUCUAGUAUCAAGAUGACCUGAUUCGGAAAUAUUUCUGAUUUUGAAGCGUCCACAUAUGGUGGGGUCUAUAUCUUACCACACACAAUGUAUCCUUUUAUUAUAUAUUUACCUUAACAUACGCAUUAAUUCCUAACGUAUGACCUUACAAGAAUCAGUAUUAUGUAUUUUGUACUCUGUAGUAGCCCAAUAAUGACAAUGGACUGCCAAAGCGACACUAGUUAUUUAUCAGGGCGUACCACAGGUUUUUUUUCUUCUUACAUAUAAUGUUGUUUAAGACUAACUUUAUGACCACCAACCAUAGAAGUAGUCUGGUAAUGUUUUGCAAUCAGUGAAAAGCAUAAUAAUUUUUCUUGUUUUAGCAUUUGGGGGGGGGGAUUCUCUGUUUUAUUAAUCAAUGAAACGCUCAGUUACGCAGUUGUUGGUUAUACGCUCAGUUACAAUAAAUAGUUCACAGAUUUGUUGGGGAAAAUGUCCCAAAAUUGUUUAAGCUGUAAGAAUUCUGCUAUUUUAGAAUCUUAAGGAAGAUAUUUAUCUGACAUCUUAAGUUACGGUAAAUAUUUAUCUGACAUCUUAAGUUACGGUGUAUUUAUCUGACAUCUUAAGUUACGGUGUAUUUAUCUGACAUCUUAAGUUACGGUGUAUUUAUCUGACAUCUUAAGUUAGGGUGUAUUUAUCUGACAUCUUAAGUUACGGUAUAUUUAUCUGAUAUUUUAAGUUACGGUGUAUUUAUCUGACAUCUUAAGUUACGGUGUAUUUAUCUGACAUCUUAAGUUAGGGUGUAUUUAUCUGACAUCUUAAGUUACGGUAUAUUUAUCUGAUAUCUUAAGUUACGGUGUAUUUAUCUGACAUCUUAAGUUACGGUGUAUUUAUCUGAUAUCUUAAAAGUUACGGUGUAUUUAUCUGACAUCUUAAGUUACGGUGUAUAUAUCUGACAUAUUAAGUUACGGUGUAUUUAUCUGACAUCUUAAGUUACGGUGUAUUUAUCUGACAUUUUAAGUUACGGAGUAUUUAUCUGACAUCUUAAGUUACGGUAUAUUUAUCUGACAUUUUAAGUUACGGUGUAUUUAUCUGACAUCGAGUCGAGAAAAUAUAACUAUGGUGUAUAUUUAAUGUAUUGUUUUUCCGUCCAUUUACAGACAAAUGUCAUGUAUCAUAUUUCUUUAUGCACUUUUUGUGUACGUGUUCUGUCAAUAUUAAUUGGGAAAUAAAACUUUCAAAGUAACAGAGUAUUAAAUGCAGAAUAUGCCUCCGCCAUUUCAUUGAUGAAGAGGGAUGUUGUUAUUAUCUAUUGUUGCACUGUUUUGGGAAUGUUAAAUGUGUGUAUAUUUUUAUUCUUUUUAUAUAUUUUAUGUAUAUUUUCUUUACACAGAUUGAAUUAUUUUUUAUACAGUUACAUGUAUUAUAGAAUUUUCCAUGACAAACUCAGUAGAUGUUGUCAGUAUUGCUCAAACAGUAUUUUUAAUAUUUUCGUUGAACACCAAAUUUUCCCUGCUUUUGUGUUUGUGCCCGCCCUCGAAAUCAUGUAGUUAACUAUAUACAACGCGUACCCAUAGAGAAAGGACAUCAAGUCACUUUCCAUCAAAUUAGAUAACAAAAACGUAUUCGUUUGUUUUAAUUUUUUAUCAUUAAUUGAUUUUAUAAAUCCGCGACAUUUGAUGUUCGCUAAAAGACACCACAGAAUUGGUUGGAAAACAAUUAUUUGACUUGUUACGCGUUUAUUUCCGUCAAUGAUAAUUAAGACUAACAAGAUUUUAUCAUCAUAGUAAAGAUGUGUUUGCUUCCUUUUAGAUCUGUAAUGGAUGUUUUGCAAAAUGAUAUAUAUUAUACCUGUAUUGAACAUUCACGAAUCCCCGUAUAGUGCAGUGAGAAAUUGAAGCCAAAAAUUAACACAGCAUUUUCUAUUAUUACCAAAGCUUUUAAAAGCAUAAAAACAUUUUUCUUCAUUAUUUUGUUAGAAGUUUUGCACAGUGUGAUUAUAUAUGAUGGGUAUUUGAUUUACAUUGUAUUCAUAAUUAUACUAAAAUUUGUUGGAGCAGAAAAAUUCACUUCACGUGUAUGUAUAGUUGUAAAAAUCAUGAAAUUUUAAUCUUGUAAUGUUAUUCACUAUGAACAAAUCUGUGAUCCGAAUCCUCCAUGUUCAAGAAAUAAAAUCAAUCUUAACAAAA